UGCAUGGAUGACCCGCAGUUGUGUAACAAUCUCUGCACACUGCUCUCAAGGGCACUGCUAGUUCUUGGAACCAAAUUCCAGGUAGUCACAUACCACAGGAUGCUAAUCACAGCCCUGCUUUGAGCUGCCGCAGCACUGCUGCCUCUCAGUUCUGUCCCUUGCCCAGCAUGGUUGCUUCAGCAGCCUGUGAGAACCUGCAGGAAUCCUGCACCAGUUUGUCACCUCAGUGCUGAUGAGCUCCUCUAAAUGGAACAAUGAGACAGCCUUGGCAUGCUCAAAAGCACUGGUUCUACCAGUUUGGGGCAGAAUUUCGACGAUUUUCUCUGGAGAGAUCCAAACCUGGAAAGUUUGAGGAGUUCUAUGGAUUGUUGCAGCACGUGCACAAGAUCCCAAACGUUGAUGUUCUGGUGGGAUACACGGACAUUCACGGAGACCUGCUGCCUAUCAAUAAUGAUGAUAAUUAUCACAAAGCAGUCUCUACAGCCAAUCCUCUACUCAGGAUUUUCAUUCAGAGAAAAGAGGACGCAGACUACAGUGCCUUCGGGACGGAUACCAUGACGAGGAAGAAGAACGUCUUGUCCAACGUGCUUCGUCCAGAUAACCACAAGAAGAAGCCCCACAUUGUCAUUAGCAUGCCCCAGGACUUCAGGCCCGUGUCCUCCAUCAUAGACGUGGAUAUUCUGCCCGAGACCCACCGCAGGGUGAGGCUUUACAAGUACGGCACCGACAAACCCCUGGGCUUCUACAUCCGCGACGGCUCCAGCGUCAGGGUCACCCCGCACGGGCUGGAGAAGGUGCCGGGCAUUUUCAUAUCCAGGCUGGUCCCCGGGGGGCUGGCUCAGAGCACGGGCCUGCUGGCUGUCAACGAUGAGGUGCUGGAGGUGAAUGGGAUAGAGGUGUCAGGAAAAAGCCUCGAUCAAGUUACAGACAUGAUGAUUGCAAACAGCCGCAACCUGAUCAUCACGGUCAGACCCGCCAACCAGAGGAACAACGUCGUGAGGAACAGUCGGACUUCGGGCAGCUCCGGCCAGUCCACCGAGUCCAGCCUUCCCAGCAGCACUCCAAACAUUCUGGGAAACCUGCUGCAAGGAGAAGAGGAGAGUGAUGAGGAGGACAUUAUUAUUGAAGACAGUGGCGAACCGCAGCAGAUCCCAAAAGCUGCGCCUACCAGCGCGAGCAUAGAAUCCUUAUCACAAAUUGAACUCCUCCACGAGUCCACACAAAAUGGAUUCCUUCCUUCCAGUGAGGUGAACUUGAAUCACUCAGCAGGCAGCAUUAGUAUGGAGUAUGAAGUACCAGAGCCAGGGCAUAAGUCCUUAGAAGAAGAUGGAACUAUAAUAACGCUAUGAAAUGACGUUGGUGUACUUUAUAGAAGUAAGGAUGCCAUACAUGUUUUAAUUGGGCUUAAUAUGUAACACAUUUUAUACCUCUCCAUCUACCAAGCACUGCAGUUAGAUUAAAAGGAGGGAAAAGAGUAAAUACAAGAAAUUCAAAAUUAUAUAGGUUGACUAACUUCAUUAAUUCUGCACUUCAAUGUAAAUAAUGCACAAAGCUGGACGAUAAUUGAUAAAUAGCUGAAAUUGAAUGAGGAAAAUUUAAAUUGAAAAUGAAGGAUAGCUAAGAGAUGGCUGUGAGCUUUCUUUUAAAGGUACUUGAUUUUUAUUAUUUUUUUAAUGCCGUAUACUACUGGUUUCUGUAGAAGUAAACUUCCUUACGUGUGAGGCUGAGCGUCUCAUGGACUGUGGUUUCACGUUCCUCUGAAGUGCUGCUUACGUGGGAUGGAGCUGCUCCAGCCCCCUCUCUCCUGUCCUGGCUGCUGCUCCACUGGCAGAGCUGUGUGUGGGCUCUGGGCAAGAGGAAACUGGGACAGAGCCAGAGGUGGGCUGGGAAGAGAUGGGGUGGCUGCUCUGGUCCUGGCUGACACAGGGACAGCAGGGCUCUGUGGGCAGCACCUGCAGUGGGGCUUUGGAGGUCACUCUUCCUUUGUGAGUGAAUGUGCAACCACAGGCUCGUUAGUCAGGCACCAUUACUAGUUUUAAUGGCCAGGCGAGUUUACUUUUAAUGACUCUGAUUAUGAAAUUCAAAUGUGAAAGUCUUAACACUAAAGCAUCAAAGACCUGUUCCCAUUCUACUUUGCAAUAUUUAAGAAUAUCAUUGGAUUUAGUUACUAAUCCCAGGAAGUUACAAGCAAAUCAAAUAUAAACUUAAUGCAAUGGAAAUAGCAUAAGGUAAUAUCUGUUAAAAUUACAGAAGAAACUGUAAAGAUUUCUACUAGCAAAGGUUUGUUGGAAUGAGUCUGGAUUAUAUAAAAGUGACUUUCUUCAAACCUGAACGAGUUAGAACAGUCUAAAUUAAAUCCCUGGAUUAAAACAAGUUUUAAAUCAGAAUGAGGCUUUACUACACCUUGUUUGAGCCAUGUGAUAUUAACUUACUCAUUUUUAGGAGCUGCUCUGUAAAUGCAGACCGCUGUGUGCCCUGGCUGGGUGUUGUGGGUAUGACAGUGUUGCUGUGUGUGCAAACACCGGUGACAAGUCCUGAUGCUGCAAGAGCAAAGAGGGGUGUGUGUAACCACUGCACUCACUGGGACAGCUGCAGGGGAGCCUUCUAGCACUGUUUUUAUCCUUCCCCUUUUUGUAUCUCCUGCUUUGGCCCUUCAUUCCCAGCCUGACCCUCCUCUGGAACAGCCGUUGUGGCAGGGAAAUGAGCUGGGGACUAAUAGGAUUGUGGAGAAGGAUCUCUCCAGGGAUCCCAUGGCCUCUGGCAGCCUGGCAGGAGGGGCAGGGUGCUGCCAGUUCUGUCCUGUGCUCCCCAGAGCAGCAGUCGGGUGCUUGGGAGCGUGUUCCACCCUCUGGGAACAUGUGAUGAGUGGGAAGGGAGACUGACCCCUUUCUUUUUUUCCCCUCAGUCUAUUUUUGAGGAAAAUCUACCUCUGGUAACUUCACUAACAGGAGACCAAUGUAAGUUUAAUGUAAUCUGUAAAAGUUGUCACAGACUGUCAGAGGCUAAACCUGUGUUUGUUUCAGGUUUUUGUGGUGAUGCAAACACUGCUGCAGAAACAAAUCCCUGCUGUUUGGUGUUGCAAAGUGCACAUUUGGAAUUAGUAUCUGAUGAGCAGUAGUUUUCUCAAACCUCCAAUGCCAUUGGAGUCCAGGAUGCCAAGAAAGGCAUUUAUCCCCCUUAGGAUUUAUGGAGAAUGAGCACAGCAGGCAAUGAUAGUCUGCAAAUACAGGUGAGGGGCUCUUUUGUCACACUUACUUAUGGUUUCUUUGUGUGUGUGUGGAGAGAGCCCUGGGAUCUUUUACAAGAGCAAGAUCUUUCAAGUGUUUCACUUGUUUUGCUAAUAAUUAUUAAAAAUGAAGUAACUACAUCCACUUAGUGUGAAAUGAGAAAAAGAAGUGUUCAUUCUGCAACAUGGAGACUUUACCUGUACGUGUUUUCUCUCAGUGCUGCUCUACACUUCCUUUCUUUGUGGAAGAUUGUUUACUUUGAAAAUAUCUUUUUUAUUUUCCUUUGUCAAAAUACUUUCCUUCCUGUAUGAAAUCACCAGUGGAGGGUGAGACUCAUUAUUCUGCUAGUUUGCACUUCUGUGCCUUUGGUUUACUUGAAUGUAUUGUGAAUAAUCAAAGGAAUAAAGGCACUUGGAUGGGAAGAGAAGAGAGGUCCACAGGUACAGAGAAUGAACUGGAAGUGCAGGUGUGAUGUUUUCAUUCUGUGCAGAUCCACGUGGGGCUGAUGGGUCCCUGAGGAUUUUGCAGCUGGGGUCACAGCUGGGAGGAUGGACUUGCCUGGGAGGGCUGAGUCAGGGCCCAGCCCCGAGGCUGCUGUGCUGCCAGGCACGUGCAUGGGUACUUGGAGUAAUAUUUAUGCCAGUAUUAAGGACUUGUAGAAAUUUAACUGGGGUCCUACUCCAAACUGCAUGAGACUUCAUCUCUAAGGACCUUUCCUGCAAACAGAGUAAUCUAAGCGGGAGAUAAUGUUCUUUCUGACAUAGAUCAUGUUCUGUUUCACAGAAAUUUGGUGACAUAGUAAAACUAAGCAUUUGGGACUUGAUAAAAACUUUAAAGAAUAAAUCUAAAAAAAUGUGUAUUUACAGUUACAAUGACAGACUGCACAGCAUGUAAUUGCUUAAUGCUGCAGUUACCAUAAAGUUUCUAAAGUUCUUCCAUAUCUUACUAAUACCUACACUGUUAAUUACAAAAUAUUUUUAAAUUGCUACUUCAGGAUGAUCAAUGGUUGAUUAUGUGUGGCUAAAUUUAAUUUUAUAUAUAAAUUAUACUGGGGUUCGGUAUAAGGUUUUUUAAAAUAUGCUGAUAUUGUUAGCCUUUCGUUCACUACCUCCUAAAUUUUUAACAUCUAUACUGUUUUCUCCCUGGAAGACAAUACUUAAAGGCUUGACUGUUUUAUAUAGAUUUUAUCUAUAGCUAAAAAAAGGAGAAAAAUAUCCAGAAGUGAUAGUGAGGAUGCUGUGCAUGAUUGACAAUGUUACGCUGCUAUUGAUGUAAUCUGUGUAUUAAGUAUCCUGUGUGUGUAAAUUGUGUUUUCAAGCCAGAUUUUAUAAAUUAAUUUAUGAAAUACCCAAAUUAUUUCAGAAUGGAAUGAAAAACUAAAAUUCCUUUGACUAGUGUUAUAUGUUGUGUACAUGCACAGAGGGGGGAAAGUGAUUCCUCCCUGGUGACUGGGAGAUCUAAGUGCACCUUAAUAGGAAGAACAAAUUCUUAAUAGAAUUAAGAUGCAUUUACUUUAAAGUUCUGCUGUGGUACUGGAGAAGUCAAGCCUAACUGUGAAUCAUACGGUUUUUUCCACACCUGAAUUAAAUUUAGGACAAUGUUCUCACAAGCUGUCUUUAACAUGUGUAUUUUUGUGAAUAUUAUGUAUUUUCUAAUUAAAUUUUACUUGCAAUGUGAUUUUUACAUGAAUGAACUUGUUUAAAAUGUCAAAUAUCAGUAUUUUUCUUACAACUUUAAUGUAUAAUGUACAUUGGUAUCUCACCGAAUGAAGAUUGAUUUUACAAAAAUCAAGCUAGAUGUAGUUGUAUAUUAGUCUUAUAUUUUUACAGACCAAAAUAAUAAAUGGAUAUAGAAAUAAAA